AUCAGGGAAGACAGAGGAACACUCUUUGACAGAGGUAACACAUCACUUCUUGUCAAAGCCACUUUCACACUCCAACGUCUCAAUUCUCUCUCCACCACCACCACCACCACCACCAGUGUCUACCACCACCACCACCGUAGAAGAAAAGCAAAAAAGCAAAAUGUGUGAUCAGGAAGUGAACCAGCCUCUCUCACCUUCACGAUCACCAUCAAAUCCUCCUCAAUUUCAACUUCACCCAAGCACCCCGGAGAAAUUUCCCAACCCAAACAUUCAGAAACGAAUGCAAGGAGACACUUGCUUCAAGUGUCACCAACAAGGUCAUUGGAGUUGGUUUUGCCCUUUGAACUCUCCCAACAAGAACCCCCUCUCAUCAUCAUCAUCAUCACACUCACCCACUCUCCACUCCCCUCAGAACAUUCACUGCCGUUGUGGCUACGGUUUGUGCAUCAUCAAAACCUCCAAGAGCGAGAGAAACCCGGGGAGAAAGUACUAUGCCUGCCCCGUCAAAAGGGGGGCACAGUGCAAUGGAUACGGGUUUAUGAAAUGGUGUGAUGAGCCUGUUGAUCAGAGUGAUUGGCAGCCUCCGUUGUUCAAGUACCCUGAGUGUGAAUGCGGAGCUGGAGUGUGUCGAAGAGUGAAGGGAACACAAGAGAGCACCAGUGUGGUUAAGUACUAUUUUGAGUGCCCUGUGAAAAAGGAUCAUGGAUCUUGUGGAUACCAAGUGUCAGAAGAUGAAGUGCUCAACAACACAAGCAUUGCUCCUAUCCCACAAAGCAUGUCUGAAGAGGAAGUGCUCAACAACUCAAGCAUUACUCCUACCCGGAAAAGCAGGCAAAGGUGUCUCGAUGACUUUUACCAAAAUGAUAAAAGUCAUAAAACUGAGAAUGACCUGGGUGAUGGCUUGUGUGAGGGAGGUAAUUUCCUUGGACAGACCAAAAGGAUGAGAAUCAUGGACAAUUAUGAAUUUCUCUCAUCCUUGGUUAUAUCUGAAAUUCCAGAAGGUGAAGAUGCUGGUGCAGUAGCGGAAGUAGACCAAUCAAAAGUUGCUGGUUUUCCAGAAUUUGAGAUUGCUGAUGAUGAUUUAGAAUUUGCCGACUUAGCCAUUCAGGCAGAAGCUGAUCUAUUACCUAGUCUGUCAACACCUUCAAGGAUCAGUGCUCGACAAUAUGUUUUUGUUAGGGACAUUGUUGAUGCAUCACUUGAUGGUUUUCUAAUGGGUUGGUUAGGCCGCCUUGUCUUUGUCCAUCCCACAAAGGGCUUGAAGCUUCCCACACCACAGCCAUUUUUCUGCUGUGUUUUCCCAUCUUUUAAUCCUAUACUUGUUCCUAAACAAGCAAGUAUUAUUCUUAAUGGUCCUAGUGCUCAACAUACUCAACUUUCAACUACUAGUCUUACUGAGGUAUCCAGAGAUGUAGUUAGUCCCAAUUCACCACCAGGCAGUGGAAACAAGCCAAUUACAAUGUCAAAGAGGCAAAGAGAAGUUGCCUUGUUUAUGCAGCAGCAGCUACUGAGUGAUCUAGAGAAUCUGGAUCCUCGCGAGCAGGACUCUAUGAGAGAGGCAGCAGAGACCACUUUCACAUUGUUAAAUCGUUUAGAAGUUGACUGUGAGCAAUUUUCUCAGCAUGUGUGGGAUUUCAUCAAUCUCACAUCAUCCAUAGUAGAAAUGGAUAAGUCUAUGGAAAAUUCACUUACUCUCGAGGAACACCAAAAACUCUUUGAGGAGGAGGAAAUUAAAUUGGAUUGCAUCAAGGAUGACCUUGCUGAGACUGAGGCUUUGCUUGAAGUAUCAAACCGACAUAGAAAAACUCUUUGUGAAGAGAUCUCUCAUCUUGAGGCCAUGCUCCUUAAGAAGAAAAACCAAUUAGAAUCUUGUGAGGUGGAGACAUUGCAAAUGGAGACUCAGCUUGGUGAUUUGAAAAGAAGUAUGUUGAAAGCUGACAUAACUUUGAGGGAUAGAGCUGAACAAGUAGAAGUAGCCCGCAAACAAAGUGAAGAAAGAAAAGCAAAGCAGGUUGCAGCUAAGACAGCACUGGAGAAUGCAAAACUUGAAUUGGAGAAUUGAUUACUCACUGUAUUUGUUAAGGGAAUGUUGUGUUGUGAAUAGUGUAUAUAUUUAACUUGUUCUCUUCCUCCUCCCCUGUACUAUGUAAGAUCAAUCUCAUGUGUAUCAUCUGUUAUCUGUAUGUCUUUGUUUCAACAUUGGCAGCUUACUGUUCCUAAUGGUCCUAGUCAAGUUGUUUUCAAAUUCUUAACCA